AGAAGUGAAGAAGAAAAUUAGAGCUUCCGACUUAACUGCUUUCUUAGUUUCGUUUUGUUUUCUGAGGGCGUUGUUUAUUUCUUAACUUACUUCGGUGUGAUUCACUCAUAGGACUUAUAUUUAUUAGGUUUUCGUACGGAUAACAUGUAGUAGAGUUUCCUCCAGCUAAUAUAAGUGACUAAAUUGGUUUUCGGUCCGAAUUUUAUUUUUUAUUGUUAUUCCGGAAAUGUUAGCCUCUGUUAGCUUGUUUUUUCUUGUGCUUUGUAACUUAGCACACGAUCUCUCCGCCCAAAUGAUUCUUUCGCCCAAAAAUGCAGUGGUUAAAGGUGAGGUCGUCCUCGUCCCUGCUCAUGUGUCUGCUAAAAUCAUAGAUGUGACCUGGAAGCACAACAGUGACAUCGCCUUGGAGUGGGGUGGAAUCAAUGUUAAAAGUUUCCGUGAGUUUGAAAAUCGCACUACUUUGGAUACGACAAAUGGAGCUUUGACCAUCAGAAAUCUGACUCGAGAGCUCAAUGGCACGUACACCGCUGAGAUCAACAACCUAAUUGUCAGCUCACAGCAAGUCAAGAUCUUUGAUCCAGUUCCAAAGCCCACUUUGACAAGAACAGAUGGAGAAACUGAAAACUCCCAUGUCUUCACCUGUGACUACAAAGCCCCUGAAAACGCACAACCGGUGGAACUCAAGUGGAGAAUUGAUGAUGUUGAACAGCCUGGUCCUAAAGUGCGAAUUGUCCAGGGAAAUAAAAAUUGUUCAUUUGUCUGUGAGUUGAUCAAUCCUGUCAGCAAGCAGUCCAGUGAAGCUGUUGGUAACCCUUCCUGCAAUAAUGGUCUCGGUCCUGGCCCAAUCAUUGGAAUAUUUGGAAUAGUUCUGAUUCCGGUGCUUCUAUUUGUGCUUUUUUAUGUCAUCUUUGUCAGAAAACCACCUGUGUUUAAAGACAAUCCCAUAAUUAAAGCUCUGCGGAAUUCUGCGUUUGGCAAACUGGUGGAUCGAAAUAUUUCCACCUCGAAAGGUAAUCAAGAUGGUGCAGGAGCGCAAGAGGAUGAACGCAUGAUGAACGACAGACCGUCUG